AUGACGGCGUUGGACUUUGGGGUCGUCAUGCAGGACCAACGCCUGACCCCGUUGAUGCAGGUCAUGGCACGACUGGCGCUUGAUGGGGAAUUCUCCCCCUUUCACUGCGAUGCGCUGAGGAUGUCGCUCUUGUACCGCGCCGCCCUAGCGCCCUUCUGCUGCGUGGGGGACGAGGGGGACCUGGCGGCAGUGUGCGCUGCGGUCCUCCGCGAUGUCAUUGCUGGCGCUGAAGUUGUACCAGGCGGCAGCGUUGCGGGUGGACAAUUGACGCCAGCAUUUAUCACACGGAGUAGUGAUAAGGGUGGCCUGCUCGCCGAGCGCCGCUUUUUGCUUCGGCUGAAGGAGCAGCGUCGCAUGGCGCGCAUACUUCUUUCGCAGACCACAUCACACUGA